AUGAAGCCAGCCAUGGAAACUGCAGCGGAGGAGAAUACUGAACAGAGCGGAGAAAGAAAAGUGAACAGCAGAGCUGAAAUGGAAAUUGGCAGGUACCACUGGAUGUACCCAGGCUCAAAGAACCACCAGUACCGUCCUGUGCCAACCCUGGGGGACAGGGCUAACCCCUUGAGCAGUCCAGGCUGCUUUGAAUGCUGCAUCAAGUGUCUGGGCGGAGUCCCCUACGCCUCCCUGGUGGCCACCAUCCUCUGCUUCUCGGGUGUCGCCCUGUUCUGCGGCUGUGGGCACGUGGCUCUGGCAGGCACCGUGGCAAUCCUGGAGCAGCACUUCUCCACCAACACCAGUGACCAUGCCCUGCUGAGUGAGGUAAUUCAACUGAUGCAGUAUGUCAUCUACGGAAUUGCAUCCUUUUUCUUCUUGUAUGGGAUCAUUCUGCUGGCAGAAGGCUUCUACACCACGAGUGCAGUGAAAGAACUGCAUGGGGAGUUUAAAACAACUGCCUGUGGCCGGUGCAUCAGUGGGAUGUUCGUCUUCCUCACCUAUGUGUUGGGAGUGGCCUGGCUGGGUGUGUUUGGUUUCUCGGCAGUGCCAGUGUUUAUGUUCUACAACAUAUGGUCCACCUGUGAAGUCAUCAAGUCCCCCCAAACCAACGGGACAGCAGGAGUGGAGCAGAUCUGUGUGGACAUCCGGCAAUAUGGAAUCAUCCCUUGGAAUGCUUUCCCAGGAAGAAUAUGUGGCUCGGCCCUGGAAAACAUCUGCAACACCAACGAGUUCUACAUGUCCUAUCACCUGUUCAUCGUGGCCUGUGCCGGAGCUGGCGCCACCGUCAUUGCCCUGAUCCACUUCCUCAUGAUACUGUCUUCUAACUGGGCUUACUUAAAGGAUGCAAGCAAAAUGCAGGCUUACCAGGAUAUCAAAGCAAAGGAAGAACAGGAACUGCAAGAUAUCCAGUCUCGGUCAAAAGAACAACUCAAUUCUUACACAUAAAUGUUUGCCAGAGGGUCUCAGCCAACGAAUUUACAGCUCUGACAAAUCAUCAGACAGCUGCUCUGCAGUACAGAUGUGUACCCCACCAAACAAACUCACGUAGAAGUCCAAACACUUCACUGUCUGUCUCAAGCUGCUGGGAUGUAUUUCUAGGAAAACCUUCCAGUAGGUAACUGUUUCUUUACAAGAUAUUGGAGGUUUCAUGGGAGCCAUUUUAAAAGGCAACAUUUCAACAAAAUGAAUAUUUAUCCUUUUGAAAUUUGUGGCAUGUUCACAAUCCCACCAAGACAGGCUCUGAGAACACGAUACCCCUUGAUAAGGACCAUGCCAUCACAGCAUCAGGCGGUAUGACCACACAUUCCCUUCUACCAUCUGUCCUCAAACAUAUCUAAAUAGGAACUAAAAUGGAAUUGAUGUGACAUUGCAUUCCUGACAGCUGACAUGUAUGAAAUUGUGGCUCAAAGAUAAAGUGAUUCUUAGAGUUGACCCUUGUAAGAAAAAUAGCUGACCUCCCCACCCCUCUUAAGUCCAGGACAUACUAAUUUCCUGGUCCAAUCAGAAAUUGUUUUUUUUUUUCUUUCUCUCAAGAAUGCUAAAAUAAGCCCAUUAUAAUAAUUCUGCAUUACCUACCAUGGAUGAAGCUAGAU